UCUCUGACACACCUGCUAGAUCUCUGAAGGAGGGAAACGUUCAGGAGCAGAUCGGCUGAACCACUCCAGCCGUUCAGUGGCUGCAGGGCAGCGCGCCCAUCUCAGACGUUAUCAACGCAACAGAUUUAUUGCGACAGAAAAGAUAUUUGUUUCCCCCCCUGUGUGUUUCGGCAAGAGACACGGGUGAAGGGGGACUCCUUAUUUAAGACGCUAUAAAUCUGUCCGGGUGCGUUCGGCAAGGAAUUUAAAUGCAACACACCCUUGGGCGCGCGGCGGAGAACGCCUGUUACGCACGAGGCGAGCGCGAGACGGGGGCAUUUCCGAACAAAUCUGUUAAAUGUUUGAACUUUAAAAAAUACGACAGUGGCUUUUGGAACGAGCAUUUCACCUGAUGGAUCUUCAGAAACUCUUCUGCGGCGGGAAUGGGGCUGUCACAUGCCAACGGGACCGAGAGGGGAAAACUGGGGCAACUGAAAAUGUCGUUGUUUUUCUUCUGAAUUAGUCUGUUCAGCAUACUACAUAUGAGACCAGCGACAACGACUACUCCAAAAGAGAAGAUUUCACAACAUUGGCAUUAUAAACGCCCUGAGACUUUGCGAAAUUGAGAACAGUGUAUUUGAGGAGGGCGAAGAUGCCUUUUCACCAUGUGAGAGCAGGGCUGCUCUACACAGACAACUACCUGAGCACCUCUCUGUCUGAAACCAGUGAAGAACAGCUCGCCAACAUCUCCACAGAAGAGCUUGGCGAGAUCCGCGAGGCAUUCCGAGUUCUAGAUAGGGAUGGGAACGGAUUCAUCUCGAAGCAGGAGCUGGGUAUGGCCAUGCGCUCUCUGGGGUACAUGCCCAGUGAGGUGGAGCUGGCUAUUAUCAUGCAAAGAUUGGACAUGGACGGUGAUGGACAGGUGGACUUUGAUGAAUUUAUGACAAUAUUGGGGCCUAAACUUGUUUCUUCUGAAACCAGAGAGGGCUUUCUAGGAAGUACUAUAGACAGCAUAUUCUGGCAGUUUGACAUGCAACAGAUGUCCCUGGAGGAGCUCAAACACGUCCUGUUCCACGCCUUCAGAGACCAUCUCACCAUGAAGGACAUCGAGAAUAUUAUCGUCACGGAGGAAGAGAGCUUGAAGGAGAACUCAGGAAACUGCCAGACCGAAUUUCAGGGAGUGCAUUCGAAAAAGAAGAAUCGUCAGACGUGUGUCCGCAAGAGCCUCAUCUGUGCUUUUGCAAUGGCCUUCAUCAUCAGCGUCAUGCUUAUCGCAGCCAAUCAGAUGUUACGGAAUGGCAUGGAGUAGCCCCGCCCACUGUGAACCCUGCUUGGUCUGACCUCUCUUAAGAAACAUGCAUCAAAAACUCCACUUUCUUGUAGUUUGAAGAGCGUGGGGAGCAGAGGAUGUGAAGCAAGUUUUGUUUUUUAUAUUUAUUAUAGCGAUUGUAAUUGUGACAGACUCUGAAACGGCAGUGAGAGAGGUCCUUCAUCAUCAUCUUGACAGGGACAUGCAAGGGCUCCACACUGAAUACCAUUUAAUGCAAUAACAUCCUGUGUCCCUCUGCACUGUGUGUUUUUCUCAUUCCCUGUCUUUGAAAUGCGACGACUUUGUACUUUAUCUCACUCCAAGUCAUGUCAGAAGGGAACAAUGAGGCGUGAUUGGCAGCCUGUCCAAUGGAGCCACUGCAGGAUGUCUGGUAUCAAGAGCGUGUGCAUGCUCAUCUCAAAUACACUGUAUGUUUUCUUCACAGCAUUGCAUUGUUGAAGCUUAUUUAUGGAAUUUAUUGAAGUUAUUGUUUAAUGUUGAAGGGACUGGGUAUUUUUGGAAUAGAUAGGGAAAUUUCAAAUUAACCAAAUACACAGGCUACAUCAGGAUCUGCAUGGAGUACUGUAUCCCACAGUGCAUUUUGACCUUUUGAGUGAAAUACUUUUGAGUAUUUCAGCAGAUUUUUUUUCUCCUCCUUUUAUUGAACCAGCAAUACUAAAGGAAUUUUUACAUUGAAUUCAAAAAAUGCAAAAUAACCGUAAUUUUGGGCAAAUUUAUUUAUAUUGCAUAUAUGCUUUACUUUAGCAUAAUUGAGAGAGAGAAAAAAAUAUAUAUAUUUAUUUGAUCAAUAGUGAAAAUUCUGACAUUUAUAAUGUUAAGAAUUAUAUACUGAUAUAUAAAGAGUCCUGCCUGACACGUGGGAAUAUAUAUAUAUUAUAUAUAUAUAUAUAUAUGACCAUGAAUUAAGAAUUUGUUCAAUGACCUAAAAUUUGUUCCCUCAUUUUAGUUAAAUUUGUUUUGUUUUAGUAAUUUGUGGCCACGUUGUACUAAUCUCUUUGGUUUGAUAAUCAAAAUAUGGAAAUUAAUAAAUACAACAUGGCAAUUAUGAACUAAAGUGAGGGAACAAAAUAAUAAGGCCAUGUGGCCAUGAUUUAACUAAAAUGAGAGAAUGAAGGAAAUACAUUUUAAUCAGUUUCAUGUGCGGAGCUACAUAAAUCCAUUUCAAAUCAAAUCUGUUUUUUUUAUUUUUUUUUUUUAUUUCUAGUCAUCAAUUUGUAGAAUCCUGAAUAAAAAGCAUCCCUCUUUCAACAAAAAUAUGAAACAGCCCAACUGUUUUCUGAUUGAUAAUAUAAUAAGAAAUGUUUCUUGAGCAGCAAAUCAGCAUAUUAGAAUGGUUUCUGAAGAAUCGUGUCUCACUGAAGACUGGCUGCUGAAUGGCUGCUGAAAAUUCAUGAAUAAAUGGCAUGGUAAAAAAAUAAUUUUAAAUUGUAUAAUUUGAGUUACAAAUGCAUUGUGGCUUUCCAAAUUCUGCAAAGAAAGUGGGAUUAAAUUAAAUUCCACACAUCUCAUUAUGCAAAUUUUCUUUAAUAUUUUGCGAUACACCUUGUGCAUUAUGGGUAAACAGGAUCAUUUUUUGUAAUGAAAAUUAGAAGUCUGUUUCAGUCGUGCCAUUACACAAAUCUCUCAUUUUGUGUAUCUAAACAAAAGAAGUGAGUAUAAUACUCUUUUUGAUUUCAAAUAUACUAUCUAGGUCUUCUAAAUGUCUGCACAUAUUGUCUGGUUAAAAUAUAUGACACUGAACUUCUGCGGAAGUGUCUAUGCUACAUAGUUGGACUUUUUGGUCCACUUUGAGUUUUUAUUCACUCUCAGGCUCAGAGAGUCGGUGAAUGCAACUCAAAUUGCUCUGAAUCAACCAGAAGUAAACUGGUCAGUCUCUAAAAUAGCACUUUUUCUUUUACAGUUACAGUCUGUGUGUAAUAUAAAGAUUUGUUUACCUGUUUGUCUA